AAGGAGGGAGGGAGCGAGUAAGCCCGGAACCGAAGCUUGCGAAGCGGGUCGCAGAGAGAGAUGGGGGUUGCAGAAUCACCUGGGGUCACUUAUUUCCGGCCUCACUCCAGAUGAAGGAGCCACUAGCCGGCGAGAGUUCACCGAGGGAACGUGACACUCAUAUCUCAUCGAGGGACCGUGUUGAGGGAGCCCCUACAGAGAGGCCAAGGGAGGAGAGGGCCUACGGAGAAAUGAACCCCUGUAAAAGCUGCUCUUUAGGGAUCAGUCUUUUUGUGACUCUAGCUUCACAGCUUGGUCUCUCCAUUACUCCAGCCUUCCUUUCAAUCAUACACUGUCUCUCUCCAGCACCACCAAUGGAUACUUCUUUUCUAAAAAUGUGUUUCUGUGGGUUGCUGCCGUGUCUGUGAGAAGCUGGACACAAACACAUUCCUAAAAUAUGUGGAUGGAAGCUAUGGUAACCAUGGAGACAGGGCAGGUGGCAAGGAGAGGCAGAGACAGUGUGAGAGACCAAUAGACAGAUAGAGAGAAGAUAUAAGGAACGUUUCAGACAGAGAUCUUCAAGCAAGAUGGAAAAAAUAAGACGUCUAAGCAAGACUGAGAUUAAAGAGAUGCAAUGUGAGAGAGUGUAUUACAAGUGUGCCAUGUGCCGUGUGUGGCAGGUCAGGUCUGGCGCACAGGAGCGCAUAAACACACCAAGUGCCGAGAAUGGAGAUCUGCUGAAGCUCAGCGAAGAAUCUGGAUGAUGGUCCCUGUCUGGGUCGCGGAGGAGUCUCCUAAGGAACACUUAGGUUUGUUGGGGCUGAGGGGAGGUCGGCUAAGAAAAGGAAGUCAGGAUUGGAGCCUCUAGGUUUUUGAGGGUUUAUGUGUGCAUGAGUGGGGGAGCAGUUUGGUGCCUGACGCCCCCACCCGCAGAGACUAGGCUAUAAAUAGCACAGCAGAGCUCCGCCCCCCCCCCCCCCCCCGCCAAGCUUCUCUCCUCCCGAGCCGGCGCUGUGCCCGGGGCGCUCCGGGAGGAGGGACCAGGAUCCGGCGCCGGGGCGCAGAUACUGACACCAAGGGAAUCCGGGUGCCCCCCCUCCACGCCAUGCGGGCCCCCAGGAACCUGGCUCCGCCACCUCGGCUGCCCCGUGGCCACGGCUCCAAUCCUGGCCAGGCGGAGAUUCUGCGGACAUUCAGGGAUCGGCUUCGUCACUGAGACCUCAGGCCUCUGCCAGCCACUCCCCCUCCCCAUACCCCUAGUCAUCCUCGGCAGGUCUCAGUCCGGGCUCCAUCUGUGCCCUUGCCCCAGCCGCAGCUAUGUUGCACACCGAGGGCCACGCUCUUCUUCGGGCUGUGGGUCAGGGUAAGCUACGCUUGGCCCGUUUGCUUCUGGAGGGAGGCGCCUACGUGAAUGAGGGUGAUGCGCAGGGGGAGACUGCGCUAAUGGCAGCCUGUCGGGCCCGCUACGACGACCCCCAGAACAAGGCACGCAUGGUACGCUACCUCCUGGAGCAAGGAGCGGACCCCAACAUCGCAGACCGAUUAGGGCGCACGGCGCUCAUGCACGCCUGCGCCGGGGGUGGGGGCGCCGCGGUGGCCUCGCUGCUCCUUGCCCACGGCGCAGACCCCUCAGUCCGAGAUCACGCGGGUGCCUCGGCUCUUGUCCACGCCCUGGACCGCGGGGACCGCGAAACCCUUGCCACACUGCUGGACGCCUGCAAGGCCAAGGGCACAGAGGUCAUCAUCAUCACCACCGAUACCUCUCCUUCAGGCACCAAGAAGACCCGGCAGUAUCUCAAUUCUCCACCAUCCCCAGGGGUGGAGGACCCUGCUCCCGCCUCUCCUAGCCCGGGGGUCUGCACGUCGCCUUCGGAAAUCCAACUGCAGACCUCAGGAGGAGGAGGGCGUGGGAUGUUGUCCCCUCGCGCCCAGGAAGAAGAGGAGAAGCGGGACGUAUUUGAAUUCCCUCUUCCUAAGGCCCCCGAUGACCCAUCCCCUUCCGAGCCGCUCCCCAAACCACCACGCCAUCCCCCAAAACCACUCAAAAGGCUCAACUCCGAGCCCUGGGGCCUAGUGGCCCCUCCUCAACCAGUCCCACCCACCGAAGGGAGACCGGGGAUCGAGCGCUUGACUGCCGAACUCAAUGGCCUGACCCUGACCGGUCGACCCCGUCUUUCCCGACGUCACAGCACCGAAGGCCCUGAGGACCCGCCCCCAUGGGCGGAGAAAGUGACUAGCGGGGGUCCUCUCUCUCGCCGAAACACAGCACCAGAAGCUCAGGAGUCUGGUCCCCCUUCAGGGCUGAGGCAGAAACUGAGCCGCAUGGAGCCAGUGGAGCUCGACAUCCCUGGACACCUUUGCCCUGACUCGCCUGAGUCCAGCCGCCUGUCCCUGGAGCGCCGCCGAUAUAGCGCCUCCCCGUUGACCCUCCCUCCAGCUGGCUCGGCUCCCUCUCCGCGCCAGUCCCAGGAGAGUCUGCCAGGGGCAGUAUCUCCGCUAAGCGGACGGAGGCGGAGUCCGGGGCUGCUGGAGCGGAGGGGCUCGGGGACGUUGCUCCUGGACCACAUCUCGCAAACGCGGCCGGGUUUCCUACCCCCUCUCAACGUCAGUCCCCACCCUCCCAUCCCUGACAUUCGCCCACAACCCGGAGGUCGGGCGCCUUCGUUGCCUGCCCCUCCUUAUGCCGGGGCGCCAGGCUCUCCCAGGACCAAGCGCAAACUGGUGAGACGCCACUCCAUGCAGACUGAGCAGAUCCGCCUGCUAGGGGGCUUCCAGAGUCUAGGUGGGCCUGGGGAGCCAGGGCGCUGAGAGGAGUGAGAGGAGCCAAGGAGGGUGGGGAUUAGGACCUUAAUGGGAUAGGUGGGAGAACCAGCUCACACACACACCACGAACAUAGGGAUGUCUUGCAUGUGCUCAUGGGUGCACAGUGCACCCACACAUGGUUAAACAUGUGUCCAUAAGCACAGUAUUCUUAUUAGCAAGAAAGAAUAAGUACUCUAUUUACUGGGUAUAUAGACACAUGUAUUCAUGCCCUGGUCAUUUCACGUGCAUAUGGGAUUACUUGUGUACCUACAGGCACAGCACAUCAAUAAACACACAGGGCUAGGGUCCCAAACUCUCUUGCACUUUUUCAGAAGCAGUAGGGAACCCUUACUUAUGGGCAGUCUCCGAUGUCUUUGCCCUCCUGCAGAAGCAAUCCCUUGCUUUCCAUGUAUACCCUGCAACACAGCCUAUCAUGAUUUUGCACACUCUACUCUCUCCGUGAACAUCCCAGCCCGUUCUGCAGGUCUUGCUUCUUUCUCCAGGCCUGGCUCCUUAUUCACACCCUGCUUCCAACCCCAACCACUUUUCAGGAUAUCUUUUUCAUUCUUCUUGGGGGUUCCUGCAGCAACCCCCAGCCUCAGUUCUGCUGCUGUCUUUACUGCUCUGAACUUCACUUCUCAACUUCCUGCUUUUUAUUCCCACCCUGUUCCUCCAACAACUACAACAGAUUGUCUCAUUUUCCCAGGGGGUGGGUCAUGGGCUCUAAGCUGCUCUUCUGUCUGUCUGAGCUGAUGAACACCCCCACAGGUAGAAGUGGGGAGAAACCCUAAAUCACUCCUCUCUCCACUUGACAUAUCAAAUAAAUGUGUUCAGAAGUC